UGGAUAAGCGUCUUAACUGGCAGGUUAAGGAAGUUGUUUGGAAAGGUUAGCUCUUGCGUUUUAAUUUUUAUUUAGUUCAGGAAACUGUCAGCGCGCAAUUGAUUUAUAGCAGUAGUUUAUUCAGAGAAUUGUAGUUGCCUGUGUGUAACAUUUUCCCUUUGUUAGAUUUGAGUUUCGUCCUUUCAUGAGAGUUUCAUGCAGUUAACCUCUUUCUGAAAUUGUUGGCAUAGUUGUUGUGCUUCUAUAUGAUUAUUACAAAGCCUUUGUAUCUUAGCGAUGGUUACAUUUUUUUAUUUUAACACCUUUUCCUUGUCCUCCUAAAAAAGUUGCAUUUGAAUGGAAUAUAAGAGGGCUUAAGGAUUCACAUGCUAACAAAUAUUUGGCGAGGAAAGAAUGUCUGGAUUCAUAUAUUUUGGGCAGGAGACAGGGUGAGAUCCAACAACAGUGGACAAAUUCUUCUGAAAAAUCAACAUGGCCGGGAGAUGACCGCCAAGCACGUGAUCAUUACCGUACCACUAACAGUCCUCAAAGAUGGCGACAUAACCUUCACUCCAGCACUUCCCGCUGACAAGAACGAGGCCAUACGCACUAUACAGAUGCUAGGCGCGUGGAAAAUUAAAUCGCUUGUCGUUUCAAACGCCGCUUCUGGCCGGAGAAGCUACAUCAAAUUUACAGCGUUCGUGGGUUCGCUAGUGAGAUAUGGACUUGCUCACAUGAUUUUCCCGACAGUGACGAAAAAUGUCACGUGGUUGUCGGGUUUGAAACUGCUGAGCCCGCGGAAGAGAAACGGUAUCUCAGCGGACAGGAAGUGUUGAGAGGAUUUUUGAGUCAUCUGGAUGAGAUAUUUGGGUAUGAAUGUUCCGCAAAGAUGAGUAGGCCCUAAUAGAUUGUGGCUAAAUCUAUGCUCGGUUUUGAAAAUUAUGCUAUUUUUACUUAAUUUCUGCUUUUCAAAACCUGAAAAGAAAAAUUGGAAACUGAUUGACGCGAUUAUGGAAUAGGACUGAAGUAACUAUUUUUGCACUGUAAUACGCCUCCUGCAUUCUGUUAAGUGCUGCUGUAACUUUGCUUUUUCAUUCUUUCAUUACAGCACUUCCUCGGACCCAAGCCCUGCUAGCGACUCGUUCAUGGACUUCGUGUACUUCCAUUGGUCAAAUCAUCCUCACAUUCGCGGGGGAUAUACCUCGCCCACUGCGCAUGCUUACGAACUCCGUCACGUGCUCGCCAGUCCUGUUGACGAUCACUUGUUCUUUGCGGGUGAAGCCACAAGUUCAAGGUCAUGUUCGACUGUACCUACUGCGAUUGAAACUGGGACACGCGCGGCAGAUGAAGUUUGUUGUGCGGCUGGAAUUCUUCCUCUUGCAAAACUUUAAUUAUAGCUGUUUGCCUCAAGCGCCGCUACGGUGCCAGAUAAAAGCAUUAGGAACUUAUUUGACAGUGUUGCCAAGGGAGAGACGUAGAGUAGUUGGAAAUUAAGAGAAAUUGCUUAUGUAGCGCCACGUGCAAUUUACUGUAACCUGGGAAAUAGAUUUUGAUACUCAAAAUAUUUUAUCUAUUUAUGAAAUAAUAUUGUAAAAAAUCCCACAGCAAGCUUUCAGCAAGACACCACAAUGAUCAAGGAUUCUCCAAGUGAACUUGAUACAAAAAUGAACGAGUUAGGACUAAAUUCUUAAUGGCUCAUCAGUCAAGUAUAAAAACCAACUGAUAACCCUUUAACUCCCAAGAACUGAUUGUUAAUUCUCCCCUCUAACUUCACACAUCUCUUGCUAAAUAAGUUUCCAGAAUGUGGUGUUAGAUCAUGAUAACAACUUUUACCUGAUAGUUUGAAUCUUCCCACUACCUGUUUGCUUGAUAACGUUUGACUGCAGUAGGAAGAAGUUACAUUUUAACUCUUUUUCUGGGGUAUUGUGCGUACAUAAAAGCUUAAAAAGGUAACAUAUUAGAGAGUGGACUAGAUGAAUGACCACCGAACGUUAAGUGCUGCAGAAAAAAAGGAAACUGUGCUGCAAAAUAAAACCUAGAGCACAAGGACG